AUGGCGGGCGGCUUUCCGCUCCGCAAAUGGUCGGCCAACGAGGAGUUCUUGCUGACGGACGUUCCAGCGGAGCACAGGAUGCAGCGCGAGCUCCGCUCUUGGCGACCGCAAGAGUCGCAUGCCACUCUCGGCCUUCAAUGGCAUCCCUGCCUCGACAGCUUCUCCUUUGCUACGAAGACGAGUCUAGUGACGUCUUUCACGAAGAGGUCGGUGCUGUCCCUCACUGUCCGGCUUUUCGAUCCGCUCGGUUGGCUGGCGCCGGUGGUAGUGAGUGCAAAGAUCUUGUUCCAGGCUACCUGGCUAAGAGGACUGGACUGGGAUGACCCCUUGAGCGAGACUGACGCUCUGCAGUGGAAGACUUACCAGGCGGAGCUCCCAUUGCUGGAGCAAAUUAGAGUCCCUCGGAGAAUAUAUCCAGGCGCCAGAGGACUCGGCGUCGAACUUCAUGGGUUUGCCGAUGCCUCCGAGAAAGCCUAUGCUGCCGUGGUUUACUUGCGAGCACAGGCGCAGGACGGAUCAUGGCUGGUCACCUUGCUCGCGGCAAAGACCAAGGUCGCCCCUCUCAAAACCGUGGCUCUGCCUCGACUUGAGCUCGAUGCUGCUGCGCUGCUCGCGCGGCUUGCUGCCCACACGAAGGUCACGCUCAAACUGCCCGAGGUGCCUCUUUAUCUCUGGUCGGACGCCAUGGUGGCCCUGGGCUGGAUCCGAGGGCACCCUACUCGAUGGAAGACCUACAUAUGUGGCCAAUAG